AUGUUUGAAACCAAACCAACAGAAAACGGCGAGUCUAACCCCAACGUUAAAGCCUACGUUCUCUUGUUCACGUGCGCGUCGACCAGCUCAGUUCACAUUGAAUUAACUUUGGGUCUCAGUGUACAAGUAGCGGUAUGCCAGUUGACGGGGUUUACCAUGCAGCCACGAUAACGUCUGACAAUGCUAAGACCUUUAAGUCAAUCAGAAAGGGCAUAGAACGAAGUAUUAGAUCUGAAGAAGUACGGCAAUACUUGGUAGAAAGACGAGUCAAGUGGAAAGGCCACUAAAACUUAUUGUUGGGAGAUCUACCUUAACCUACGACGAGCUACAAACCAUUUUAGUUGAAAUCGAGGCAUUAAUCAACGCUAGACCUCUUACCUAUGUUUAUGAUGAUCAAGAAUGUAACUAUACGAGCCUUUAACACCCUCUCACCUGAUUUACGGUAGGCGUAUUACGAGUACCCCGAACAGUUCCCAUCACGAAGUUGUUAGUACCAAUCGAUCCUUGACAAGAAGAGCGCGUCGUCAUAAGCAAGUGUUGGAUCAAUUUACGAAACAAUGGCGACAAGAAUAUCUCACAGGGGUUGCGUGAACAGUCGUUAGCGAAGUCGCACAAAAGAAACUCAGGUUCAACGAUUUCCCAAGGAGAGAUCGUCAUCGUCAAGAACGAAACAACGCCGAGAGCAUUUUGGAAACUGGCCCGUGUAGAAAAACUACUUCCAGGAAGGGAUGGAAACAUUCGAGCAGCAGAAAUUAAGUUAGAGAGUAAGUUCGUUACAAGAAGACCAAUUGAACAACUCGUAUCCAUUGAAGUGAAAUCUACGUUAGCAGAUUUAGAAACCGGUCACGAAGUAGGCAAGGAAGGUAUUCAAGAUGAUGAUAGUUUAGUUGUACGAAGUCGAAGAACCGCUGCUGUUCUGGGUGAAAGAAGACGACAAGAAGAGAACAUUUCGUAACAUUUAAAAUUUGUAGUUUAAGUGUAAUGAUAUUUUAACAAUUUGUGUGUUUAUCGCUUUUCAGUGACCAAACAGUGGGGAGUGUCAUAAACAUUUAAAAGCACUCCAGUCAUUAAAUAGUUCAGUGGGUUAGUGUUACCAUAUAUGAGAAAAGGGUUAAGCACAUGUUUUUUUUGUGCCUUUGAAAUAUAUUGUUGUUUUGUGUGUUUGCGAGUAGUUUAUACGAAAUAUAGGUCGAAAUUCGAAUUUUUAUUACAUCAUAUAACUAAUACUAAAAUUUUGCAUUUUUUAUUCUUUCUCACAUUUGAUUGGCUAUUAAUUUAUUAGCAUUUCACUCCUAUAAUCAAAGAACUCUGAUUAAAUCGCCAUUUUCCCGUUACCACAAGCCUCGACUUUCUCGAACAGUUUCGCUCUCCCUGUUUACAUGUAAAUUAAGAAUACUUCCUUCGCGGCACUCUAUACAUUUUCAAUUUUAAUUUUUCAGAUCGUUCAAGAGCUGUCUGAAACCUGGAUUUCCGUCCACUAGUACGGUGCUUUUCAUUUAUAUCGCCAUUCGGAUCACUGUAGAUGGGUUGGAAGAGUUCUUAAUAAUGCCAACGGCUUGGUAUUACAUCAAGGAACUUGGGGAAACAACUUUUUUUCUUGGUGUAACAUUGGCAUCUUACUCUAUUGGGGUGCUGGUUACUGCCCCGUUCAUUGGAGCACUGGACGACAGAUUUCAUAUAACUAAACCAAUCCUCAUAGUUAGCGCUGCGUGUAAAUUUAUCGGACAUCUGAUUUAUACCAUCCCAAUCAACGCAUACUUUCCUCUAUGUGGCCGACUACUAUGUGGAUUAGCUAACGGUUCAAUGGGAGUUCUGUAUGCUGUGGUGUCACGGUAUACUGAGAAAGAAGGUCGCGCUAAAGCAUUCUUGUUUUUUGGAGGAAUGUUUAACUUUGGAAUAGCACUAGCUCCGAGCCUUGGUAGCGUCAUUAAGUUUAACUUUAAUAUCUUAGGCUCGACCAUUGGCAAAGGGAAUUCGCCCGGGCUGUUUUUGGCAAUUAUUUGGUUCUUAAUGAUUAUUGCUACUGUGUUUUGCAUCCCACGAAAUGCGGGACGCGAAAAUUCCUUGCCGUUAACACAAAUUGGACCAGGUGCGAGAAGCGACGACAAAAUCGACGGUGAAUUGGAAAGAAAGAGUCGACCAAUUAUCGAUUGCAAAAUUGCUUGCCUGUAUUACUUAAUAUUUAUGGGUUUUUUCCUUUACUGUGUCACUACCUUCUACAUACCGUUAUUGGCAGCUGAUCUUUAUCAUUUACAACUUAUUCAUGUAAAAUUGCUUUUUAUAAACGGAACGAUGGUCGUUUUUGUCGCCUUUCUUUCCAACUACCUUGCAGUAGAAUAUGUGUCUGAAAGGAAACUGAUCAUCUUUUGGAUGACUGUGCAAAUCUUUCCAAUUUUGUUGCUGUUUUACUUUGAUCUUACGUGGCACAAUCCAGAUCAAGUGAUAGGCACGUAUCUUCUUUUGCCCUUGACCAUGCUAGGAGUGUCGUGUUUCGGUUAUUCCAUUAUCUUAGCUUUGCUGUCCAAG